UUUCACUAGAGCUUUUUCUGUCGACGUUUGCCUUUCUCGCCAUCAUCAGUGUUCGCCAUUGCCGGUCGUUCAGUGUUCAACAGCGCCAAUCUGUCGUAAUAGUUUACUCAAGGAUGGCACUCAUGUAACGAAAAAAGAACGAAUUGAAGCUAACUGUCACUCUACAAAAAAGCAACAAAUAGUCCGCUGGUCUUCACUGUUCGUAGCGAAACACAAAAAAAAAACAAAGAGAAACGUAAAAGAUCAUAAUUGGACAAUGUGAAAGAAACAAAGAUACAUUUCAGACCUGGGUGAUAGUGUGUCUCCGAUAGUUUCCGUACGACGUUUGUCGUCACAGGAUUCGAAGGCAGUGAAAACGUUUCUAGUCAGGUGCUAAGAUAAGCUUCGCGAGGACACCAACUCGAUGUGGUUAAUGAAAAACUGGCACAAAUAUGACGCAGAUAGCGUUUCUCAUUGAUAUUUCCUGGCUACAGGACGAAGAGAUUACGGCCGCUGUCAGGUAUUCUUGUCUACAAUUGCUAACGGCGUGGCCGAGCAGUCGUUGUAAAUUUGGCUACCUCUUAUUCGACUCCGAGGGUCCUCGUUCGCAAAAGGUACAGCCUGUGGACUUUGCCGCGCCAAGUACGAACCUUUUCGAGGAAUUUGAGGCUCAGCUUGGUCAAGGCGCGUCUGCUUCCGAGGAUGGUAAACCAUCGUCUUGCAAUGCUGGAUCCACUUCACGACUAGAAACCAUUCGGUGGGCUGUUUCCCGCUCGAUAACCGAUUUUGCUUGGCACUCCGUAAGUGUCUGCUCUCCGGUGAAGGCAAGCAGGCACUUACGCAAACGACGCUGUUCGACUGUAUCAGCGGUACUCUCCUCCCAACAAGCGCUCGCCAGUACCUCUGAAUAUGAGCAUGGAAACCGCCUGUUCUUGUUUGCUCGUAUGCCAUGCGGUACGCUGGCAAGGAUACGUGAUGAGCUCGUCACUCCAAGCCUGAAUAAAUGCCUUCAGGAAAGCCGUAUCGAACUUACGUGGGUGCACGAUUCGCAGGGUGCGCUGCACACAUCCUCGGGCGCUAACAAUGCUAAAUGUCUCUUCUUGCGGAUGCGCGACCUUGUUCAGUUAUGUGGCUUUUUCCCAUCGGAGUGUGCGUACUAUUCAACAAUGAUGGCACCGCCCUCUCUUGUGGUGACCCGCUUAUUACAGAGUUGUUCCGGAACCCCUAAGUUCGAUCGAAUAACCGCUAAUUGUUCGAUUAGCUUCAACCGAACAGGUAGACUUAAUGAACCGCUUAACGUUACCGUACUUCCAACAAGUGUUCGCUCCCGGAUGCAGUUUGAGGCAGCGGAUAUGGAACUGAUGAUGGAGCAGGUCGUGGACGAACCGACCGUUACGUCAGUGCUACAACGGAGUCAAGCAUUGUUUUUUGUUGUAUCAUCAGAUGUUCAUUUUCACCGAGUGCUAAUAGAACUGAAAUUAUCGAGGAAAGUAGCACUUUUAACUUGUGGACGAUCGACAUUUAUGCUCAAGUCUGUGGCGGACUCAAUAGGUGCGCUAGUUACUCUUACAGACAGGAAUUUAACAAAAUUCGAAUUUAGUGAAGUACCAUCCGAGUUUCUAUUUCACGGUGCUUUGCUUGAAAAAUGUUACCACAAAGUACAACCGUCCGACGGCAAAAAAACCAGGACAAAAACUCUCGUUAACCGAUUGGCAUACAUCUACGAGUUUGCCUCGGAUGUACAAACAGCUACCGAACACGAGUUCGGUGAACUGGAAGUCGAACCAUUGCCCGACACCGUUCAACAGGACCAAACGACUACGGGCAUUUGUGGCCCACCGGAGAACUACAACUCUGAAGCGACUUUGCUCCAGGGUCUACGACACACGUACGAGAAGGCCAUCGACAAUAAGCUAAAUGCAACCACCUCUGCCCAGAGUAUUGUUUCGGCAAGCAUGCACUUUUUCGAAAGUGACUUUGUGAAAACGAUAGCGUUUAUCGAAGAAAACUUCAAGCCACCGCUGCAGUCAUGUCUAAACAAAGUUCAAUGGGCUAACGAAUGCAGGACUUAUAUUCUCAUCUCGUUCGAGCUUGCCUGCCUCACUUCAGCUAAUACCGACAAAAUUAGGAAACACGUCAUAGCCACAAUGAGAAAGCUAUUGUUUCUUACGUCGCCACGGGAUCUAUUUGAUUUUAUUCGAGAAACCCUCAAAGCUCUUUACCUAGAGGCGGUGCGACCACUACUUGAGGAUCUUGCUGAAGAGUUUGAUUUGCCACUGUUUCCCGAAUCAGACGAAGAGGAAGAUAUAAGCUCAAUGGGAUCGUUCGCUGAGCCAAUGUCCGGAAUUUCUUCUUUGGGCGGAAGCUCAGUUAUCAAUUCGAUGCCUCGUUCAGCUCCGAUGGGUACCAAUUCACAUAAAGCCACUGUCCUUCGGAAAUUAUCGUCGGCCAAUAUCUCCCAACAGCAACUGAACCAACAGCGUCAAAUCGAAAUACCCCGUCGGCGAUCCGUACGCAUUACGAAACCAGAAACAUCGACAAAUCCCUUGGCUACGUCGUUAUCUCCACAGAAGCGGCAGUCUUCCUCUCGCAAUAUACCCACAACGCCCAAGGGCAAACGAAUCUUGAAAACGCAAGUUGUGCCGGAAACGCCCGUUACCAAACAGGCACCCAAUCGCGUUCACCGGCAUCAGGAACGCCUCCGCAGAAGAUCCUCAAUUUUGAACGGUUCCCAGGGUGGUGCUUCAGCAGGUGAUGAGGACGACGUUGACGAGAUUGCCGAGUCGCCCGUGAAACAAUCCGCAACAAUGGCGACCCAAAACAAGUCUUUAAGCGUUAGCCCGACAAAGCGCAGCAAGGCAAACAUGUCACCAAGCAAAGAAAAUGUCGUUAUCGAUAGGGAGCACCUACUUGGACCCGCGAUUGCUCCAUCGCCUGCAACAGAACCGAGUCCAACACGAAAGGGUCCUCGAGUGACACCUCGUAAACGACUCACCAGACAACUGAAGUUCUCUCCGCCUAAAAAACAGGCGUUCACGUCACCAACAGCCAUUUCACUACUGCAUUUAACUACAUCGCCAGUUUUGUUCAGGCCAAGCAAAAAACGGUCGGCUCCACUUGAAUAAAUGUCAUCUCAAUGAAUUAGCUUGAAUAUAUCUAAAUAAUUGUAAUACAUUGACAGAAAAGAGCGUUUUGUCUAGUAGAUAAGUCAGUCUGAUGUGUGCGCGUAUUUGUCGUUCCUGAUGUACCCUAUCCAUUUACCGAACCAUGUAACGUAAACGGGAUAAUCAUUGUUUACUACAUUGUGAGUAUGCUUUAUCUCAAUAAGUACAUUGCUUAGCCUGACUUUAUGCACCGAAAU